GAUGACCUCGAAAAAGCCAUUAAGCACAGCGAUGUAGUGCUUACAACACCUCGAGAUCACCCCGAUAGAGCAUCGAGGCACAGUAGCUUGGGGAGUAAGUUGUCUAUGAGGUUUGAGCGGAUCGGAGAGCUUGGUGACCUCGGGAAAGCCAUUAAGCAUGGAGAACAGGCAUUUGCUGCUACACCCAAUCAUCGCCCCGAUCAAGCGGCCUACUGCGCUGAUUUAGGAACCAUGUUGUCUACAAGGUUUGAGCGGACAGAGGAGCUUCAGGACUUGGAAAGAGCAAUCGUUUAUUGUGAAAAGGCACUUACUUAUACACCUCAAGAUCACCCCGACAGAGCAAGUCGACACGGUAUCUUGGGAAUCAUGCUUUCCACGAGAUUUGAGCGGAUAGGGGAGCUUGAUGACCUCCAAAAAGCGAUUAACCACGCCGAAGAGGCACUGAUGGCUACACCUCUGGAUCGCCCCUAUCGAGCAGCCAUGCACAGUAAUUUGCGAAAAAUUUUGUUCUCGAGGUUUGAGCAGAUAGGGGAGCUUGAUGACCUCCAAAAACCGAUUGUUCAUAGCGAAGAGGCACUUGCUGCUACACCGAAUGAUCACCCCGACAAAGCAGCCUACCACUCUAAUUUGGGAGUAAUGUUAUCCACGAGGUUUGAGCAGAUACGGGAGGUUGAUGACCUCCGAAAAGCGAUUACGCACUGCCAAGAGGCGAUUACUGCUACCCCUCCAGAUCAUCCGCGUCGAAGAGACAUACAUAGGAAUUUGCAAAGAAUGUUUUUUGAGAGGUUGAAGCAGAGAGGGGAGCUUGAUGACCUCCAAAAAGCAAUUAUGCAUACCAAAGAGGCACUGGCUACUAUACCGAAUGAUCACCCCGAUGAAGCUGCCCACCACGCGAAUUUGGGUACCAUGUUUUCCACGAUGUUUGAGCGGAGAGGAAAGUUUGAUGACCUGCGGGAAGCAAUUAAGCAUGCCGAAGAGGCGCUUGCGGCUACACCAAAAGAGCAUCCCGAUAGGGCAGGUAGACACAGUACCUUGGGGGCCACGUUGUCCAUGAGAUUUGAGCGGAUAGGGGGACUUGGUGACCUCCAAAGAUCGAUUAUGCAUAGCGAAGAGGCACUGGCUGGAACACCGAAAGAGCACCACGAUAGAGCGCGUAGACAUGGUAACCUGGCGAACAAUUUGUCCUCCAGGUUUGACCGGAUAGGGGAGCUAGAAGAUCUGCAAAACGCAAUUAGACAUAUCGAGGAGGCACUGGCUACUACACCGAAAGAUCACCCUGAUGAAGCAGCCCACCACACAAAUUUGGGAGCCAUGUUAUCCACCAGGUUUGAGAGGAUAGGGGAGCUGGACGACCUCUAAAGCGCGAUUAUGCAUAGCGAAGAGGCUCUAGCUGGUACACCGAAAGAUCACCAUGAUAGAGCAGCUAGACAUGGUAACCUGGCGGGCAAGUUGUCCUCCAGGUUUGACCGGAUAGGGGACCUUGAUGAUUUUGUUUAGGUAUGACGAAGGAGCAAUUGUAAAUUGACUAUAAAGACAAAAUAAGAGAGCGACGAUAGUGAUCAAUGAAAGACUGAUUUUUUUACGUAAAGCAAGAAGGAAAAACAUUGUGCUUUUAUCCUAGGAAAAUAAUAAAACAUAAAAGACGACUAGAAAAACUUUUCCUCCACAUGAUACAGGCUACUGAUAGUCGGUAACAAGAGUGUCCCAGAUGUUGUUGAUGAGACAAAACAGAAACAAAACUAAUGCAAGAUAGACAAGUAAAACAGUAACAGAAUCAACGGCUGCACCAACAGGUUUCAACAGAUGACCUCCAAAAAGCGAUUAUGCAUAGCGAAGAGGCACUGGCUACUAUACCGAAUGAUCACCCCGAUAAAGCAGCCCACCACGCGAAUUUUGGAACCGUAUUAUCCACGAGGUUUGAGCGGAUAGGGGAGCUUGAAGACCUCCAACGAGCGAUUAUGCAUAGCGAAGAGGCACUUGCUGUUACACCGAAAGAUCACCCCGAUAGAGCGAGUAGACACAGUAACUUGGCGGGCAAGUUGUCCUCGAGGUUUAACAGGACAGGGGAGCUUGAAGACCUCCUGAAAGCAAUCAUUCAUUGCGAAGAGGCACUUACCUCUACACCUCAAGAUCACCCCAAGAGAGCAGCCCACCACGCGAAUUUGGGAACCGUAUUAUCCAUGAGGUUUGCGUGGAUAGGGGAUCUUGAAGACCUCAAAAGAGCGAUUAUGUAUAGCGAAGAGGCACUUGCUGUUACACUCAAAGAUCACCCCGAUAGAGCGAGUAGACACAGUAACUUGGCAGGCAAGUUGUCCUCGAGGUUUAACCGGACAGGGGAGCUUGAUGACCUCCAGAAUGCAAUUAUGCAUACCGAAGAGGCACUUGCCACUACACCGAAAGAUCACCCCAGUAAAGCAGACCGCCUCAGUGCUCUGGGAGCCCUGUUGCUCCGGAGGUUUGAGCGAAUAGGGGAGUUUGAUGACCUUCAGAACGCGAUCUUGCAUACCGAAGUGGCACUUCUGGCUACACCUCAGGAUUGCCCCACUAAAGCAACCCUCCGCGCUAACUUGGGAAGCAUGUUACUGGUGAGGUUUGAGCGGAUAGGCGAUCCCGAGGACCUUCACGAAGCCAUUAAGCACGGCGAAGAUGCACUAGCUGCGACACCUCAAGAUCACCCCCGGGUUGCCACCAUCCACCAGAACCUGGGAACCAAGUUCUGUAGGAAUUUUAAACGGACAAGAGAUCCUGGUGACCUCCAAAAAGGCAUUGAGCACUGUGAAUACGCAUUAGCAGCUACCCCUAAAGACCAUCCCUCAAGAGCAACUAUACAUUACAGGCUCGGAAACUGGUUCUCUGAGAGGUUUGAGAGUCUUGGAGAACCCGAUGACCUUCAAAAAGCCAUUAGUCAUAGCGAACACGCACUAGCUCCCACCCCCUCAGACCAUCCUAGCAGAGCUAUGCUUUGCAAUGCCCUAGCUGGACACUUGUGGUCACGGUUCCGGCUCAUGGACUCCAUAGGGGAUUUAAACGAAAGUCUCCGCCUAUAUCAGGAGGUUUCACAUUCCCCGAUCUCGCUCCCACGCGAGCGGAUCAGGGCGGCUCAUAUCCAAGCUUCCUUACUAUAUCUAAACGGGAAAUUGCAAGAAUCAAGUUCUGCAUUCGGGGAUGCUGUCAACUUGAUGCCCAGUGUCAAUCUACGAUUCUUGAAGCGGGACGACCAACAGCACACACUUUUAGAACUUUCCGGGGUAGUGCCAAGUGCUGCUUCUAUGGCACUUCGGGCUGGCAGAGCGGCAUAUGACAGCCUUAAGCUACUGGAGCUUGGCCGCGGAAUAAUCACGGGUUUUACAAUUGACUCAAGGUCCGAAGUUUCUGAUCUAGAAACUGAUCAUCCGCAUGAAUACGCCCAAUUUCACAGCCUCCGAGUUGAGAUUGACUCGCCACCCGAGGCGACCAACUCCGUAGGAAGGGAAACACGGGAUUGUGCUGUAUCUAGACGCUGGGAGGAUGUCAAUGAGAUGGAAAUGAUUCUAAAUCGCAUCCGGACGUUUCCUGGCUACAGAGGGUUCCUACUUCCACCCCCCCCCCUGAGUCCCUGAUGAAUAUGGCAAACAAUGGCCCAAUUGUUGUCUUCAAUUGCACCCCUUAUGGGAGCGACGCCAUCAUUGUCACCAAAGCAGGUAUAACCUCGUUAGAACUUCCAAAAUUGACAUAUAGUGAAACAAGCCACUGGAUGGCGCAAUUGGCUAGUUUCGGGGGAGGGGGUUUGAUUAAACAUGGUCAGGACAAUAGAAAAAUGAAAGACCUCCAAAUUUGGCUAUGGGAUGCCGCUGUUGGACCCGUUUUUGACGACCUUGAGCGCAGCGCGAUCAUUACCGGUGCGGGCGUUUCUAACACUACUUUGAAGCGGAUUUGGUGGAUCGGGGUAGGCCAAUUGAGCAUGGCACCUUUCCAUGCGGCCGGGGACCAUUCGUGAGGGUCAACCCAUAAUACUUUAAGUAGAGUGAUGUCUACAUAUACCCCUACAAUCAAAGCCCUAAGCUACGCGCGCCAGACACAACUCCACUUAUUUGAUGAACCUAGUGCCUCGUUCUCGGGGGAUUGCUCCAAGAAAUCCAAAAUUCUUACCCAACGGAAUCCGUCCUUACUUCUUAUUCCCAUGCCGAAAACACCGGGGCAGCUACCUCUACCAGGUGUCAAUAGAGAAGUUCAAUAUAUAUCUGAUUCAGCUGCCAAAAAUUCAGUUAAGGCCAAAGUAUUGAACCGCCCAACCCCAGCCAAAGUCCUCCGUCAGGCUCAGAGCCAUGACAUUGUCCAUUUCGCCUGUCACGGAAUGUGGGACAUCAACCCUUCAGACGGCUGCUUGAUCCUAUUUGCUCCAGAGGGAGAUGCCGCGGACAAACUGAUGCCUCGAGAUAUAUCCAAUAUGGCUGCACAGAAUGCACAGAUCGCCUAUCUCUCGGCCUGCUCCUCCGCCAAAAACCCUUCUACUAAAUUAGCGGAUGAGGUCAUACAUCUUGCUAGCGCAUUCCAGCUUGCGGGAUUCAGCCAUACACUCGCAAACUUGUGGGAAACAGAUGACCAUGCUUCCAGUGAAGUGGCAAGAGACUUCUACACCUUCCUUUUCCAAAACCGAGAGCACACCGAUAGGCACCUACGAGUCUCUGCCGCUUUCCAUCAAGCUGUGAAAAACUGCCGGGACAAGAAUCCUUACGAUUUUCUUACGUGGGCCCCUUUCGUGCAUAUGGGAGCC